ACAAACACAGAAAACCCUAAACCCUUUCAUAUCACUGUCUUCUUCUCAAACCCAUCGAACUUUUCAACCAUGGCUACUCAGAUCCUCUCUCGUGUCUUCCCCAAAACCCUAACCCUAGCCCCCUUUCUCUCUCGCUCCUUCACCUCCCCUCCACCCUCUUCUCUCUCUGCCAUCUCCUUCCUCCGUCGCAUCUCCGUCGCUGCCAAUCCCUCUCUCUGCCGCCUCCUCCUCCCCACCACGCCGUCCUUGCGCGCCCUCUCCACCCGCGCCACUACCUCCUCCCUCAACGACCCCAACCCUAACUGGUCCAAUCGUCCCCCGAAAGAAACCAUAUUGCUCGAUGGCUGCGACUUCGAACACUGGCUCGUCGUCAUGGAGAAGCCUGAAGGUGAUCCCACUCGCGACGAAAUCAUCGAUAGCUACAUCAAAACCUUGGCCAAGGUUGUCGGAAGUGAAGAGGAAGCUAGGAUGAAGAUAUAUUCAGUUUCCACUAGGCAUUACUUUGCGUUUGGGGCUCUUGUAUCGGAAGAGCUUUCUUACAAGAUUAAAGAAUUGGAAGGUGUCCGGUGGGUGCUUCCUGAUUCGUAUUUGAAUGUUAGGGAAAAGGAUUAUGGAGGUGAGCCCUUUAUUAAUGGGCAAGCAGUUCCUUAUGAUCCCAAAUAUCAUGAAGAGUGGGUUAGAAACAAUGCCAGGGCAAAUGAGAGAAACAGGCGCAAUGAUAGGCCCCGCAAUGCUGAUAGGUCAAGGAACUUUGAGAGGAGGAGGGAGAAUGUUGUGAACAGAGACAUGCAGGGUAGGCCUCCUAUGCCAAAUAGUGGUGCUCCACCAAGCAAUGCAGGUGGAUAUGCACCUCCCGGCAACCAGGGGGGAUAUGCACCUCCCAGCAACCAAGGUGGAUAUGCUCCUCCCAGCAACCAGGGAGGAUAUGCUCCUCCCAGCAACCAAGGUGGAUAUGCUCCUCCCAGCAACCAAGGUGGAUAUGCUCCUCCCAGCAACCAAGGUGGAUAUCCUCCUAACAGUGCCGGUGGAUACGCCCCACCAAAUGCAGGUGGAUAUGCUCCACCCAAUGCUGGAGGUGGUUACCCUCCUCCUCCUCCUCCUAACAUGGGUGGUGGCUAUGGUCCUGGAGGGGUACCCCCCAACCAGAACACAGGAGGUUUUCAACCGAAUGCAGGAUGGUCAAACAAUGCUCCCAGUAGAGACGUGCCAAGCAGAGAUAUGGGAGGAGCACCUGGUGGAAACCCAUACACAGCGUGAGAUCACUGCCGAUUUUUCUAGCCUAUGUAGAUAAUGAAGAAUUGUGCCAAGACAACAUAGAGUUUAUGUCAUAUUUCUCAACGAAUUAAAAUUUAUUUUUCUUAAUUGUUACUCCUAUUUCCUAAUGAACCUGCAUGUUGGGUAUCUGAAGUUCACAAUUUUUGAUGGCUAGAUUCGAUCUAUGGGCUUAUGACUGUCUAACUUAUUGUAUGUUGCUUUACAAACCUAUGUAACGGUUGGCAGUAAUAUAUCUUUAGCGUCUUAGUUUCUUGAGAA